AUGUCGCAACAACUAGUGACAGUGCUUGAGACCUCGCUCGCCCUCAUCACUCAAUUCCAAGAUACUCUCUCCCCGUCGAACAUUGCGCAGUCCACUCAGAAACCGGUCAAAGACGCAAAGGCCCUGCCCCUCCUUUCAGCCUCAUCGAGUGCUCUCAAGGCGCAAGUCACCAAGCUCUCUUUACUCGCCAUCACCACGCCCUUCACACACUCCGCAGUGACCGGCAUCCUCCGCGCCUGCAAUGACUCCGUCCUCCCCUCGUUGUUGACCGCCAUCCUCCUCGUCAACCCCGCUGAAUACACAAAAGCAUUCCACUCCGAGACGCUGAUCCUAGUCAAAACUUUGUUCGCCGAAUUCAGCACACUCGUGAAUUUAGUGAAGAAUCUGUCCGAGAAGAAGGAUCAGGCUAAGAAGGCAGACCCUAAGAAAAAGGAAGAGGAACUCUCCAAGAUCGAGAAGGAUGCCAUUACCCUCGCGGCUGGACGUGUCUGGGACGCAUGUGACUCGCUAGUCAGUCUUUCGAACAACGGCGUAGUGGGCUUCAUCACCCACCGCGUUGAACAAUGGAGGGACCUUGUCCGGGAUGCCGUGGAGGAACUCGAGAACUGGGAUCCGGAAGAAGACGAUGAUUUCUUUGACGAGAUCAUGGGCGACGAGAAGGAUGAUGAUGAGCAUGCUGGGUCAGACGAGAACUCUGACGACAAGGAUGUUGCUGCUAUGCAAGAACAGAAGAAGACUACCCUCCGUUUCCUGAAGCCCAUCGCCCAGGUUUACCCUGCCAUCAUCACCCACCGACUGAAGAGUGCAAAGGACGCGCCAUUGUCUUCCGUAGCAAACGUUGCGCGGUUGGAGAAGUUGAUCUCAAACCUGCAGAACAUUCCUGAUCAGGUUGAUGAGGUUGCCGGAGCCUUGUAUGAAGAGGAUGUGGACCGAUCUGUCGAGUUCUUGCAGAAAACACACGCGCAUGCUUCACAGGCCGUUGAGUCGGUAACGACGCCUUGGAACGAGGAGUCAUCCGAGGACAAGUUUACUCUCUGGUCGCAGACUUGGUCCAAGGUCAUGGAUGAGGUUAGCAAGUCGCUCAAUGCUGACCCUGCUUCGGAGGAAUAG